AUGUUUGCAGAUGACACAACAAUCUCUGCUUCUGGAAAAACUGUUUCAGAUGUACAAAUUGUCCUCCAAGAAGAUCUUACUAUUGUAGAGAACUGGUGCAAAGACAAUGCCAUGAUACCAAAUGCUGAGAAGACAAAAGCAAUGUUUCUUUCAGCCUCCAACAAGAUACAUAAUACUUUUGGAAAUAACAACUCCCUUGAAUUUACAUUAAACCAACAGAAGCUUGAAACUGUUCAUGAAGAAAAACUUCUUGGAAUACAAGUUGACCAAAAUCUAAAUUGGAAAAAUCAAAUUGACAAAAUACUAAAAAAGUGUAAUUCAUUACUUUAUCUUUUGCUAAGAAUUAAAUUCUGUCUGAACUUACACUCCCGCAAAUUAUUCUACAAUGCUUAUAUUUUACCCCAUUUGGAUUACUGUAGCACAAUUUGGGGAAACUGCAACUCACAACUGCAAAAUGAUCUGAUUAAAUUCCAGAAAAGGGCUGCGAGAAUUUUACUUGACAAACCAUUUGAUACCCCUUCAAAUGAACUCUUCAAGGAACUCCAUUGGAUGACUUUCCCGGAAAGAGUUGAUUAUAAAAAAGCUGUAACAGUCUAUAAAGCAUUGCAAACAGAAUCUCAAAAUUGUCCAGACUACUUAAAGAAUAAAUUCAAAUAUGUUAAUAAUAAUAAACUCAGGUCAUCACAGCAACAACUUCUUUAUAUUCCAAAGCCAAAUUUAGAAUUUUUCAGGAAAUCAUUAAAUUAUUCAGGACCGAAACUGUGGAAUGACAUUCCUUUACAUGUAAGAUCUUCUGCAUCUAGUACAGAAUUCAAAAGAAGAUAUAUCCAAUGGAAGUUUCCUGGUUGGACAAACUGA